CUUUUAAAUUGUCUCUCCAACGGAUCCCAGACACCCCAUCUUUUCUCUGCUAGUGGGUUCUCACUUCUCACUAUUGUCAUAUCCACCAAACCAAGACUAUGAAGCAAAAGGUGGUCAUUAAGGUACCUAUGAACAGCGAGAAGUCACGAAACAAGGCAAUGAAGGUUGUAGCUCGUGUCUUGGGCCUCUUAGUAAUCUCUCGGUUACUACGAAAACACAAUGAUUCCCAUUCAAUUGCCACCAAAAAUAAAUCAAGGGCCUUGACAAUUGCAGUUGGUCUCUCUGGGGUGGAGUCUGCAUCACUUAAAGGGAAGGAAAAUAAUGAGUUAGAAGUGAUCGGAGACGAAAUCGACACCGUCAAACUCACCAAGUUGCUGAGGAAGAACAUUGGGUUUGCCGAGAUUAUGAACGUCAGUGCAGUUGAGGAAAAGAAGGCGGAGACCAAGACUGAAAUUGAUCCCUACCUAAAUUAUUAUUACUCGUAUGGUGGUUUUCCUUGUUACCAAGUUUUUGAGUACCCCACAUAUCAGCCUUCCUGCUGCUUCUUUUGAGUGCAUAAACUACUAAAAUUCGGUAACGAAUACGUAGAAUUCCAUUUGUGUGGGGUGUUUUUCCAAAAGUUAUGUGCCUCCUCAAUCCUCUCAGUUUGCUAGAAUUCUAGCCUUUAAUGAUUGUACUUCAAACAGUAUCAAGGCUAAGUUAAUGCAUAGCUGCCUGCUUUUUGUCUAAAUACGAGAUCAAAGUUCUUUUAGAUAAAUCCCAUUUUGUCCUUGAAAAGUAAUAAAUCCUUAGUUUGCCACUUAAUGAUUAGUUUUUUCACAUUGG